UAAAAAUUGUGGGUAGCUGCAAAACAGUUCACUUCCAGCAGUUCAGCCAUUUUGAGUCAUGACUACUGUUAAGUGGGUCUUGUCCGUUCUUUUUCUUCAAACAUGUUUGACAGGGAUAGUAAUGAGUGGGAAUGUGCUGGUCUGGCCCGUAGAAUACAGCCACUGGAUGAAUCAGAAAUGCAUUGUGGAGGAGCUGGUUAAUAGAGGUCAUAGCGUAACGGUACUGAUUCAUACUGCAACACAGAGCAUUAACUACAACCAAACAGCCCGGUAUCACUUUGAAGUGUUUGAUGUGCCUUUUACAAAACAAUCUGCAGUGGACAUAUUGGAUCAGUUUAUAUUUUUCUCGAUUUAUGAGUCAUCAUCUUCAUCAUUUAUUCAGGCAUUUCUUACAAUUAAAAAAUUUCUUCACACAGCUACAGCUCAACAGAUGCAGGUGUGUGAUGGCAUCCUCAGGAACAAGGAUCUGCUGGAUAAACUCACAAAAUCCAAGUUUGAUGUUCUACUUUCUGACCCAAUGAUGCCAUGUAGUGAACUUGUUGCUGAAAGUCUUGGGCUCCCCUUCAUCUAUACAUUGAGGUUCUCUUUCGCCAGUACAAUGGAGAGGCUGUGUGGACAGCUACCGGCUCCCCCUUCUUUUGUUCCAGCUAUCACUCUGCAGUACACUGACAGAAUGACCUUUGUGGAGCGACUCAUAAAUCUGGUGUUUCUUCUGUCUCAGGACAUGUUGUUUUUUGUAGUGUCAACUUCAAACUGGGAUUCAUACUACAGUGAGAUUACAGAAUACAGCCACUGGAUCAAUCAGAAAGUCAUUGUAGAGGAACUGGUGAAUAGAGGUCAUAAUGUUACAGUAUUAAUUCAUUCCGGAUCAGCAACUGUUAAUUACAACCAAACAAAGAGGUAUCAGUUUGAAAUUUUCAAUGUUGCUUUUUCAAAUCGCUCAAUGGAUGACUUGUUUGCUGACAUGAUACAUUUCUGGACAUAUGAAUCUUCAUAUUUAUCUUUCAUACAGCAGUAUCUGAGACUUAGAGAUAUGAUUAUAAGAUGUUCAAUUCUAAAUAAGCAGGUGUGUGAUGGUGUCUUCCUAAACAAGGAUCUGCUGGAUAAACUUAAAAGAUCCCAGUUUGACGUCAUUCUCUCAGACCCAAUGACUCCAUGUGCUGAGCUCAUAGCAGAAAGACUUGGGCUCCCAUUCAUCUAUACAUUGAGAUUCUCUUUCGCCAGUACAAUGGAGAGGCUGUGUGGACAGCUACCGGCUCCCCCUUCUUUUGUUCCAGCUAUCACUCUGCAGUACACUGACAGAAUGACCUUUGUGGAGCGACUCUAUAAUCUGCUGUUUUAUGUGCUACAGGACUUGUUCUUUUAUGAAUGGACAUAUUCAUACUGGGAUUCAUACUACAGUGAGGUCACAGGGAGACCAACAACUUUCUGUGAAUCCAUGGGUAAGGCUGAUAUGUGGCUGAUAAGAACCUACUGGGAUUUUGAAUAUCCUAGACCAUUUCUUCCAAACUUCCAGUUUGUGGGAGGACUUCAUUGUCGACCGGCAAAGCCAUUACCUGAGGAAAUGGAAAAGGUUGUACAGAGCUCUGGAGAUCAUGGCAUUGUGGUGUUUUCACUCGGCUCAAUGGUUAAGAAUCUAACCAGAGAAAAGGCUAAUUUGAUUGCUUCUGCUCUAGGGCAAAUACCACAGACGGUUCUAUGGAGGUACAGUGGAGAGAAGCCAGAAACCUUGGCUCCGAACACCAGAGUUUAUGACUGGAUUCCUCAAAAUGACCUGCUUGGUCAUCCGAAGACCAAGGCUUUCAUUACCCACGGUGGUACCAAUGGGAUCUAUGAAGCGAUAUACCAUGGCAUCCCAAUGAUUGGUAUCCCGCUGUUUGCUGACCAGCCGGACAACAUGGUCCACAUGGAGGUGAAGGGGGCUGCUGUGGUGUUGAAUUUCAAUCAAAUGAAAACCCAAGAUUUAGUUGAUGCCCUGAACAAUGUGACACAAAAUAAAACAUACAAAGAAAAUGCCAUGAGGUUAUCGAGAAUUCAUCAUGAUCAGCCGAUGAAACCCCUGGACAGAGCUGUAUUCUGGAUUGAGUUUGUAAUGCGUCACGAAGGAGCCAAGCAUUUAAGACCUGAAGCCCACAACCUGACUUGGUACCAGUACCACUGUUUGGACAUCAUAGGCCUAUUACUGGCAUUUGUAAUAGCACUUAUGUUUAUCAUUGUAAAAUCCUGCAGCUUCUGUUUCCGGAAAUGUUGCAAAAGACCAGAAAGGAAACACAAGAAGGAGUAAUUUGUUUUCUUCACUUGACCACUGAAUCACUUAUUAAAAUCUAAACACUUUGCUACAA